AUGUCCAAUUAUUCCCAUUCUAACAAAAAUGAAGAAUUAUAUUUAUCUAUACCCAGUCCUGAUAAUAGAAAACGUUUCACAAUAAUUAAUGAAAUUAAUAAACAAAGCAUUGUUUUAAUGAUUUCAAACGAAUUAAAAUUUUCACCAUUUCUUGGACUUGUAAUCAAUAGAUUCCAGUUAGAUUCAAAUACUAGAAAAAAAAUUAUUGUAAAAACUGACUGUGGUCGUAGAAUCAAAACCUUAGAAGGAACAUUUAACAAUCAAAUUUUAUAUAUUUCAAUAAGUGACUUAAUAGAUGAAGAUUAUGAUGAAGAUGAUAAAAAAUCAGUAUCAAUUUCUCCACAGGUUGAAGAAAAAGAAAAAUAUUUGCCCUUAUUCAAAGAACAAAAGGAUAAUAAAAAUUUAUUUUUUAAAACCAUCAUCAAACCCAUUAUUAAAGGACCAAUGGAAAAUGUUAGGGUGAUUAUCGGGGAAUCAUAUCCAUAUCGUUGUAAAUUUUUAAUUUCAAAUCCAUCAAUUAGAUCAAGGGUGAAUAUAUAUUUUACAGAAAUCCCAAAUGAAAAUAGAGAAUUAGACUAUAGUUUUAAAGUAGUUUUUGCAAAUAACUCACGAUGCCCUAAAUUGAUUGUUUCUGAACUUGAAGAACUAAUUAGAACAAAAAUCAAUAUUUCAAAAACCAAUAUAAGAAGCAUUCUUUUUGUGGCCACUCAAUACUAUAGAGAUAAUAGUUUUUUUUAUGCUUCAUAUUCUGGAGAAAAGACCACAGAACUCCUCUUUCCAGAUUUAAAGCAUGGCCAAACAAUCUCAGAAAACCAACUACUUUUAAAAAUAUAUAAUGAAGUUGAACAAGUUUCAAAGCACAAUAACAUCCCAGAAUCAUUAGCAAAAAAGCUUUUAUUUAUUAAUAGUUUCGAUACUAAAUCACUAUUAAACAAUGAUAAAGAAAGCAACCAUUCAUCACUCAUAUCACUAAAUCCAUCACAUAGAACUUGCCAAAUCUCACUAAUUAAAUUUAAUAACCUUAUGAAAAAAAGUAGUCAAGAUCAAGAAUGUUCAAUUUGCUAUUGUGAUUACUCUCAAAAUGAAAUGGUCGAAUUAAUCUGUGGUCAUAAAUUUUGCAAUAAUUGUUUAAAUUUUUAUUUUAAAGAAUCAAUUAAUAAUGGUAAUGGUAACAAAAUGUCAAUAUCAUGCCCCACAACCGAUUGUCAAAAUAAAUGUAUUGAUGAAGUAACAAUUGAAACAAUGGUUCAAGAUUCUUCAUUUUCCAAAUUAAACACCAAAAAUUUAAUCAGAGAUUAUAUAUUCCAUGUCCCUGGUUCUUUCAGUUGCCCUCAAAGAGGAUGUGGCCGUUUACUUUUAGGUAUAACCUCGACCUCCAAGUAUGCUCCAUAUGUUCAUUGUUACGGACACAAUUUUUGUAUAUUCUGUAAAAAAAGUGGAUAUCAUUGGCCCUAUUCGUGUGUCAAUUUUCAACAUAAAAUUGUUGAUGACCUCUACAGCUAUAAAUGGAUUCUAGAAAACACCACCGUUUGUCCAAAGUGUGAAAUUCCUGUACAACGUACCAUGGGUUGUUCCCAUAUUACAUGCAAGUGUUCAUUUGAAUUUUGUUACAUCUGCAGUAGCAACUGGAGAGAACAUUCCAUCUGCCAAAGCGCUAAAAGAAAUUUAAGAGUUAUUAAUGAUAUAAAAAAGAAAAACGUUGGCUUUAGUGAUAAAUUUUUAGAUGGAUUUUUCGCUUCAAAAAAAAUUAAGUCUAAUGACCCCAUCAUUUUAUAUUUAAUCAACUCCUUUUUUAAUUUGCUUAGUGAAUCAUCAGAUAAAUCAAACCAAAGCUUAUUAGAAGAAUCAAUUAUCUUACUUAGAAACCUUGCUGAUAUGAAUUUAAAACACACCUCAAAAUUCGAUUUUACAGUUUCAAGUUGUCAAAAUAUGCUAAAAAAAUUACUACGUCCCGAUAUUACCCUCAAACUAAAUUUUGGUUCAAACUAUUUCGAUCUAAUUAAAACCAAUAAUAUUCAAAAGGUAAUUUCCUUAUCAGCCAAUAUUUGUAUGAAUGGUGUUAAGAAGUCAGUAGCUAAAUUAUUUGUAAAUACUCAAUUCUUUGACUUUAAACAAGAAAUUUCAAACCAUUUAAAUAAAAUUAUCAAAUGUAAUAAUGGUACUGAUAUAGAAUUAUACGAUCCAAAAAAAAUUAGAAUUUUUAAUCAACAUGGUGGUCAAAUCAAGAACUCUCAAGAAAUUUUAGAUGGUGAAGCACUAUUUAUAACCAAAUCAGCCAAUGAACAAUUCAUCGAACCAGAAAUCCCAGCUUUAACCCCUGAAGAAAUAGAAAAAGCAAAUCAAGACAAUGAAGAAGAUGUUAAGCUUUCAUACAAUAAUACAAUUAAUCUUUUUAAAAAGCUACACCAAAAGGAUAAAAGAAAAAAUGAUAAAUUAAAAAUUUUAGAAAAUGAAGUUAAUCAAUUAAAACUACAACAACAAUUAAAAAUAGAU